UUUCUGUUUCUGUUUUGUCCAAGUAGGCAACUCUUUUCCUGAACGGGACAGGUCGUGGCAUUCCUCUGACGCCAGGGGGAUACGCUUUCCUGGAGGGGAAAAACACAGGAAUCUUUUGGAAAAAAGUGUAGCCUAGUGCGCACAACCCCUCAACUUAAUAGAAGUCAUCUGCCUGCCGUCCCACAUUACACUUCCUUGGGCUAAGGGUUUCGUUUUUCCUUUAGUCUGCGAAGAAACCCUUGGGUAGUGUGGCGGAUAUGUGCUAAACCGAAGAGUGCCUUUGAACUUUUUUGGGAACGGGGUAGCGUUUUCUUCGUGGAGUGGAAGCACCCGAGAUUUAUCCACGCGGGAGAGCGGAAAAGAUUCAUUUUGAACUGCCGACAUGAGUGUGCUACCGCCCAUUCGGAGGGAUCGAGUCAUAGCCCAGCUGCCUACGUGCUUCAACAAAGAGGCUGCCCUGCACACCAAGGAGGAGUUCCACUCCAAAGUCCGGACAGCAUGCCAGGAACAGAAGACUGGGACCGUGGGUAGGUUUAAGAUCUCCAAGGUCAUUGUCGUGGGUGACCUGGCUGUUGGCAAAACAUGUCUGAUUAAUAGGUUUUGUAAGGACACUUUUGACAAGAACUACAAGGCCACCAUUGGUGUGGACUUUGAGAUGGAGCGGUUUGAGGUGCUAGGUGUCCCUUUCAGCUUGCAGCUAUGGGAUACCGCAGGGCAGGAGAGAUUUAAAUGUAUUGCUUCUACAUAUUACAGAGGGGCUCAAGCUAUCAUAAUUGUGUUUGACUUGACGGAUGUGUCAUCGUUGGGUCAUGCCAGGCAGUGGCUGGAAGACGCCAUGAAGGAGAAUGACCCUUCCAGUGUGCUGCUCUUCCUGGUUGGAACCAAGAAAGACUUGAGUUCCCCUGCUCAGUAUUCUCAGAUUGAGGAGGAUGCUGUUCGACUCUCCGAAGAGAUAAAGGCGGAGUACUGGGCUGUCUCUGCACUAACAGGAGAGGGCGUGAGGGAGUUUUUCUUCCGUGUUGCGUCCCUAACAUUCGAGGCCAAUGUCCUAGCAGAACUGGAGAAGAGUGGAUCCCGACGCAUUGGGGAAGUUGUUAAAAUCACCAGCAACACCAACAACACACACACCACAUCCAAGAAGAAGCACCCUAACUGCUGUCAAUGAGAGAGAACAUUCUGGAAUAUUCACUGACACCGUACCAAGUCCAGACAUACAGUCUUUCCUGCAUGGGAAGGUCUUGAGGAGCGGUGACACAAUGGCAAGAGUGUUCACCUCUCUAAGAAAACACUACAAAGAGUUUUAGGGGCUCUCCGAAGACUGAGGUUAUUUAUUUGAUCUUUUUCUGUUUAUGAGGUUGGAAUGUCAGCUGGCCUGGUACAGUAAGAGGGGAAUUAUAUUGGCCACUGCCAUGCUUUUUGUCCCACAUGUGCUGAACCAUGAGAGAGUUAUGUAAAGACGGAUUUGAGAGUUUUUGCAAACAUUGUUUUUAUUUACUCAUUUUAGUAUUAUAAAAGUGAUAAGGAAUUGAACUCCCAUACCCCCACCCCCAAAUUAUUUUGCCUUAUGCUUUUAGUCCAAGUUAAAUUUAUAUGCUGUUGUUUUGCUGUGUGUUCAAUCCACUUUUAGGUACAAAUACAAUGAGGGAGUUACUGCAGUGUAAUGAGAAGUAAUGUGGUUGAAAUGGUGCACACAACGUUUCUGGAGAACCAGAUCAAACUAUACAUUACAUAUGAUAUGAGCUUACUGAGAGGGAAGUGACCAUUGUUUACAGCUUUAAUAAGCCAAAACAUGAGAUGCAAUAUUACUAGUUAUGGAACUAUAUGAAUAAUACGUAUUGUGUAUCAAGACAGUAAUAAUAUUUGAAAGUCCCUCCAUUUUUGCUUUUUAAUUAUUUUUACCAAUUUAUGCAAAUCACAAGACUGCCAAAGAAAAUAAAGAUAAUCUUUCUGAGGCAAUUUCAA